AGUUUCGCUUUCGUUUCCGUUUAAAUGCCCCAAAACAUCGGCCAAACCCUAAGCAGUGAAAACUAAUACUGUUGUUGACGGCAUCAACGAAAAUGACGUCUAUCGUCUCUAGACACAUAUUUAACUUUCUCUGCAAACAUGAAGGCUGUACGGACUAUGGUAAAGUCGAGAGGAAUUUACGGCAGAGUUUCACGGUGGCGGAUCAGGUUUUGUCUCAGGUGCUCCAUGAUCACCAGAGGUUUGUUAUAAUUCAGGAUGAAGGCUCGAAUCCCAGAAGCUCCAUACCAGCUGCUGACAGCCUGAUCUUAGCCAAAACCUCACUGCGAGUGUGUAAAAAUGACAAAUGUACCGGGUGUGAAGAACUACACCUCUGCAGGUACUUUGUAUGUGGAAAUUGCAGAUUUGGGGCAAAAUGCAAAAAUUCCCAUGACUUGACAUCAGCACAUAAUUCUGACCUCCUGAAAAAUAACGAUCUUUAUGGCCUUGCGAGUGGAGAGUUGUUUCAACUUCUGCUUCAAAAUGACCCUUCAUUACUUCCAGAGGUGUGCCCCCACUACAACAAGGGGAUUGGUGAAUAUGGCAGUUGCAAAUAUCAAACAAAGUGUACCAACCUGCACCUCUGCCAGCACUUCCUGCAGGAUGACUGUAAGUUUGGAAAAGGCUGCAAAAGGCUCCACAGCUUUGAUGCAAAUGCCCUGAAAAUUCUGAAUGCCCGAGGACUCGGUCCAGAAAACAUGAGCAAACUCCUCAGGCUUUACAAGAGCAAGUUACUAAUUGCUUCUUCCGCUUUCAAGAAAAGUGAGACAGCAGCUCUACCAGCAGUGAGAGGACGCACCAAACACAAAUCCAGUAGCUCUAUCAGUGAAGCGGAUCAAAAUGAAAUCUGUCUCUUUUUCAUACGCACUGGAUGUAGCUUCAAAGACAAGUGUGCCCGUUUUCACCACCAUCUACCCUAUAAAUGGCAGAUAUUACAGAAGGAUGGAACUACAUGGGGUGACUUACUGAAUGAAGAGGAGGUUGAGAAGGAAUACUGCAGUCCAGCUAAUGUUCUGUGUAUUAUCCAGAGCAGCUCGGGAAAUCAGGUAGUGGACUUUAUGUCAAUGACUUGCGGAGUGUCAGAAAUCCGUCGGCUGUCCACAGCAUCUUCUGUUACUAAACCACCCCAUUUCAUUCUGACCACUGAAUGGAUCUGGUACUGGAGGAAUGACAAGGGAGGUUGGACGGAGUAUGGCAAAGGGGAAGAUUCUAAACUCGUGGCAUCAGUCACCUCAGAAGACCUCGAGAAACAUUACCUGGCUGACAGUGAAAAGGAGAUCACAUUCACUUCACAGAACCAUCAAUACAUCCUCAAAUUUAAAGAGAUGUGCCAGCAAAAUGUGAAGUACAAAACUGUAAGAGACAUUAGAAGAAGACCACGUUUUGUUUCUGCUGAAGAUGUUAAGAGCAAAAUCAAGGGGUAUGAUAUACUGUACCAUUUGUCCAUCACAUGCACACACAUUAAACAUGAUUUAUUUGUUGUCCAGUGCACUUUAGUAUAUGGUGUUUUAAUUAGAAGCGAGUCUUCAGACAGCUCAGCAUCUUCUUCUGUGGAAGUUCCUCCUUAUUGGGACAAAGGAGCUCUUCCUAGCUUCACCUACAAGAUUAUUCCUCUGCAAAGCUCUUCCAAGGAGUACCAAAGGGUGGGAUCAAUGUUUAAUAGAACAAUGCCCAAACGCAUCAUUCGCAGCAUUGAGAGGGUGCAGAAUCCUUCUCUCUGGAAGGUCUUUCAGUGGCAAAAAGAACAAAUGAAUUUGAAGAAUGGAGGGAGUGGUGUGGACCAGCGUUACCUUUUCCAUGGUACGGAUGAGUCUUACAUAGAGGCCAUCUGUGAGCAGAACUUUGACUGGAGGAUCUGUGGCAGUCAUGGGACAAGUUAUGGGAAAGGCAGCUAUUUUGCCAGAGAUGCCUUAUACUCUGACAGAUAUGCAAAAUCCAGGAACGGCAAGACCAAGAAGAUGUUUGUGGCACUGGUGCUAGUCGGAGACUUCACAAGGGGUAACUGUAGUUUACUCCGUCCUCCACAGAAACCCCACAGUCAAAGCUUUUACGACAGCUGUGUUGACAAUGAGACUAACCCGGCCAUUUUUGUUGUGUUUGAGAAAUUCCAGAUCUAUCCUGAGUACAUCAUUGAAUACUCUUAAUUUGUAUAGUAUCAAAAUAUUUUUAAAUAUAUUUGAUACAUUUAAACAUUCUAAUAACGUAAAGCAGGUCUGUUUGUUUACUUAAUUCUUGAAAUAGUUCUGAAUGUCCUGUUACAUAAACAAUUCAUGUUAAAGUCCUCCUGUAGUAAAUAAUUCUAUCCGUUAAAACUCAUCUUUGAUCACCAAAAUUACAUAGUUAAAGGUUUUUUUUUUUCCUGUGAAGAAAAUUCUUAAUGCCUUUUAAAAUAGCUUGAAUGUAACUCUACAUGCUUGCUUCAUUUAUUACACGCAGAUCUAUGAAUAUGAUAAUUAGCCUCGCCUCCACUCACUCGCAAGAGCUCAGAGAUCCACUCGGUCAACUUACUGAGGUUUCACAAUGGUAUCGCUUUUUACAAUGUCUGACGGUAAUUAAUAUGAUUAGCCUUGUUUGACUACUUUAUCAAACAGCCAUAAUAAGUUGCUAAUGUUACACAAACCAUGUUCCCGUUCUUCAUCUCAGAAUCAGACAGCUGUCUUCUAACAAUCAAUAUCCUUAGAAACGCUUCAAACAACUUAGAAGUGGAGAAAGGCACAUAGUUCAUCGUAAUACACCCGCUAUAUUGCUAAAUCUACCCGAUUUUUCAUAUCAACAGAAAAAUAUACCGGGAUAACCUGCCUUCUUUUGAGACUCCCUUGCACGGUCAGUUAAUGAUAUGCUAAAGCUGAUGUCACAAACACCAGUGAUUUCAAACCGCAUUUUUGAAACUGUCUUUAGAUCACUGCAGUUUUAAAGAGAAAAUACUCAGCAACGGUUUUGACUUUGUACAUGGUUUGUCUUAAAGCAUAUUAAAAACACCUAGACAUAUAAACAUUAAAGACUUGAUUUUCACCACAGGGGGACUUUAACAUCACUGAACAUUUCCAUAAUCUACAACUCUUGGGCAUUUAAAGUAUUGUCUUUCAAGAACACGUUUGUGGGGUAUUACAUAUUGGGUAAUUGUGUAUUAUCAUAAUUAAUUUUACUAAACCAUCUGUGGCAGAUAUAGCAGGAAUAAAAUAACUGGAUUUUAUGUAUUUAUAUAGUAGUUGCAAUAAUUUCCUUGUUGGCUUUGGCACUGAGAAAGUUUUUAAUACCUGAUCAGUUGUAUAGUCAAAGGCUUAUCACUUAAGUAUAUAUCAAUCAGUAAUUCAAUUUUAUUGCACUAGAUUUUAAAGCGGUAUAUGAAGAGUAAAUGAUGUAGUUGAGAAUUGUAAAAACAUUGAGCAUUACCCAAGCCCUUGAAUUACUCAAGCAUUACUAAUUGAUGUUUUAUGUAUUUUUAUGUUCAAUGAGGAGGAAGGAAUUAAAGUACUGAUACUGUUA